AUGAUAAGAAAUAAUAAUAAUAUUAAUAAUAAUAUUUCAACUCAAUAUUGCAGUGGAGAUGAUCAAAGGAUCCAGUAUAAACAAUAUUCCAGAUCUUGUAAUAUUUGGAAUUUAUAUUCAAAUCGGUUUUUUUUACCACCAGAACAAAGAUGUUCAGAUAUCAAAUCAUAUGGUAUUCUAAGGGCAGUCGGAAAAAAGAAAGAGCAACCAGUCUUCCUCUCAAACAACACCACCAUUCCAUACCACUCAAACCAGCAUAAAUCUGUCUUCCAUCAGUAUCGACUUUGUCAUGGCAAAAGGUUGAUUUGGAUCGAUCGCGAUCAAAGAAGCACAUUAACUGAUCCAAACCAGAUCGACUCCACCGAUUCCAAUGCUCCAAUGCAGAUCGAUUCCACCGAUUCCAAUGAUCCAAAGCAGAUCGACUCCACCGAUUCCAAUACUCCAAAGUGCAUGCCAAAGUUGGUAUUCAAGGGUGACAAUGUACCCAUCCAAUCCGACAUGUGUAUGUACCUCUACUAUCGUAUGAUCUAUGUGCUAACAUCUUUAUCAGAUACAUAUAGGGAACAUUUUAAAAUAGUUUACAAUGAGAGUUGUGAUGUCAAUCAACAACAUAAAUUAUAA